AUGGCGGAGCGCGGUUCGCGAAACGUCCAUCCGAACGCUAUGACGCCGGACCGCGAGAUCGCGGGUCCAGCAAACCCUAACCCCAUCAACUUGACCUCGGACGCCGAUACCAAUGCACUGCUGGUGGACAUUGGAUUCAGUGAUAUCGAGUCGGAUACUAGAGUAACUGAUUCCACGGCGAACGUCGAUUUGGUCGACCCUCACUCGGAUAUCAAGGUGACUCGCCGUGUCCGGUUUGACACCGAGGUCCGAUACGGGCCUCCCAAGUCCCUUUCGUCUAAUAAUGCCGACUGGAUCGGGCAACAUUCGGACAAUAGGGCUGACGUCGUUGCAACUGACGAGAGCGCGAUCGAAAGCUCGACUGACGAUUCAGUCGAUAGCACUUCCACCAAUCCAAUUGAGACGGAGUCGGACAACGACAGUCACGCCCAUGUUCGCGACGAAGGCGUCGUCGGCAUGACCGGAGACCAGUAUACCACGGAGUCAAGCAGCACCAGCAAGGAGUCCUCUGAACCGGACAUGGACAAUGGCGCUAUGGGGUUUAACAGACGUGACCUGAUCCGCUGGUUCGCACACGCUGAUCUCAGGAUCUCGUUUCAAGCCGAGACCAAGGCUUCCAAGCCUGAGGCUACAAGUGUGGCUUCCAUGCCCCCGGAUACAGUUGAAGAUGCAGAGCCUGAAGCUGAAGAAGAUAACAAGUCGAACUCGGGCGAUGAAGCCGAAGGUGUGGCCUCCAUUCCCCAGGAUGUCGUGAAUGUCACAAAGGCGAGCUCAAAGUCCGACACUACCAAAUCGGGUUCUGUUCCAUCUGAUACUGUUAACGGCUGGUCCUUUGCACUCGCCGCAGGACUAUAUACCAGGCUGGCGGCCAUCAAAUUGCAUGAAACUGGCUGGAAAUGGUCCUCUGGGAUGUACCUACCCCAAUGCUUUCUGGCUGCUCCAGGUCAGCUCCGGACAGUCGCUCAUGAAACGAAAAUGAUCAAAAAGGGUGUUACCAUCAUGGGAUGGGUGGGUUGCGGGUUGUACCUGCUUUACCGCAGAGACUCGACGGAUUUGCUGGGAGAAGAGACCACGGAGUUGGCUGCAUACCAUGAGCCGAGUGGUUCACACAGGGUCCUGAGAAUGAACCUUCUUGCUUGGAACGACGUCGCUUUCUACGCCAUGGCCUCAUUGGAUGAACACGAAGCUCUGGUCACUGGACACCAUUCUGGCUAUGUGGCGGUUUGGGAUGUCCGAAGAGGCCAUACACUCUAUUCGCUCUGCGGUAUUCGUGACACAGUAUCUUGUAUUGUGACCGAGAAGAACCUCGUUGUUGCCGGUAGCUUCGACGGCAACAUUUGUGUCUGGGAUCUCACCAAACGCACCGGUGCCGAUGCCUCGCUGACCCUUAAAGGGCACACAGGCACUGUGAUGUGCCUCAAGUUGCACGGCAAGUACCUUGUCUCCGGUGGUGCUGAUCGGGAGGCUCGCGUCUGGGACCUCGAAACCGGUGAAUGCAACCAUGUGCUCGGAGGCCACGCGAAGGAAGUUCGGUUUGUAUGCAUGAAUGAGCAAGCAAUUGUCACUGCUGGGGCGGAUGAUAUCCACUGCCCAGAAUCAGAGAUCCGCAUUUGGCUGACGGACAGUGAAGAAUUUGCGGCCGGCCGAUGCAACUUCAAGCGCGGUGCCGGCGGAUUGGUGAACCACCUCCACCUGGUGGGAAAUUAUUUAAUUGCAGCAGGGAAUGGUGGCUCCGUCGUGGAAUGGGACGUGACCCGGGGGGAAAAGCUGCUGCUCAACCGCCAAGACUCUGACGGGGUCAUUGCUAUGGCCACCUCAGAGAAGUUCGUGCUGGUGGGAAAGAAAUCCGGCCUCUUGUACCUGCUGGAUCGGGUGGCAAUGCAUCUUGUCUGGCUACAGGACGUCCCAUCGGAAAUCUUCCAGGUCGGCAUCCUGGACGAGACUCGGGUAAUCGCUGCAUACAAGCACGAUGGUCAUGCCUACCUGACCAUCUGGCAUGUAUAA